AUGAAGGAUGCUAAUGCUGCCAAGACCAAUGGUAGAGUGUUUGCUUUGAGAGGAACAAAAGACUUCAAGAAGGACAACUUGAUUCGAGAUACUUGUUUAAUUAACAGUGUCGAAUUGGUUACUAUUGUAGAUACUGGUGCUACUCAUUCGUUUAUUUUGCUUGAUUGUGCUACUAUGUUGGGAUUGGAGUUGUAUUUUAUGGAUGGUAGUAUGGUAAUAGAUACUCCUGAUAAUGGUUUUGUUACUACUACUUUUGUUUGUAAAGGAUGUCCUUUGACUAUCUUUGAUAAGAGUUUUGUGAAGCAUUUGGUUUGUCUACCCUUACACCAAAUCGAUGUGAUUCUUAGGAUGAACUGGUUGAAGUACAACUAUGUUCAUAUAAAUUGUUUCAAUAAUACGUUGAGGUUUCCAAAGUUUGGUAAUGGUGGAGGAUUGAUGUUGUUGACUUCUAAGCAAGUGAGUGAAUGCCUUAGAGACGAGGUCGUGAUGUUUGCAAUGUUCGCGUCGUUGCAAAGUGACCGUGAAACUGCAAGUGUUGAACUUGUGAUUGUCUGUGAAUUUCCUGAGGUAUUUCCAUAUUAUAUAAGUGAUUUGCCCCUAGAACAUGAAUUAGAGUUUUCUAUAGAGUUGAUGCUAGGUACGAGUUCGGUAUCGAUGGCUCUUUAUAGAAUGUUGGCUUUCGAGAUGAAUGAGCUGAAGAAGCAAUUGGAAGAGAUGCUCGAGAAAAAGUUUGUUCGACCGAGUGUUUCAUAG